GCUGGAGCUCCUCACUCCUCCCUCCUGAUGCAGGAGCAACUUCUCCUCCAGCUCCUCACAGCAGCAGCUCUUAUUUACUGGAACCAUGAAGCAGCUCUGCUUUGGACGCUUGCUGCUGUGUUUUGCUCAUGUUUGUUUCCUCGGAUGCUUCCUGGAUCCGUCGUGCGCUCAGGAGGCCGCGGGCUCCGAUGCGCUCCGCCGGGGGUUGACAUGGCAACACAACGGGCAGGUCUUCAGCAUCCUGAGCCAGGGGUCCCAGUACAGACCAUCCAGGAGGAGGCAAACGCCGGCUUCCCGCCCCAGUAACCCCGUGCUCGUCCUCAGCAGCUCCAACGACACGGCCGUCACGGCCCGGGGAUCCCCGAGAGUCCCCGCUGCCAGCGGAUCCGCGCAAUUACGCGCCAUGGCGCGACAGCAGCCGCGGGGGGAGCAGCCCAGUGACCAGGAGUCUGCUCCGGUAAACCGGGAGGACAUGAUGGUCGGAGAUGACCCGUAUAAUCCGUACAAGCUGCACGGCUACGACGACCCGUACUACAACUACUUUGACACCUACUACCGACCGAGACCUCGGACUCCAGCCCGGCACGGAUACGGAACCCGGUACCACCAGAACGGUCUCCCUGAUCUGGUUCCCGAUCCGUACUACAUCCAGAUCGCUUCCUAUGUCCAACGGACGCCCAUGUACAACCUGCGCUGUGCUGCCGAGGAGAACUGCCUGGCGUCCACGGCCCGGUACGCUCAGGAUUACGAAACCAGGGUUCUGUUGAGGUUCACUCAGAGGGUGAAGAACCAGGGAACGGCCGACUUCCUGCCCAGUAAACCCCGAUAUGCCUGGGAAUGGCACAGCUGUCACAAUCACUUCCACAGCAUGGAUGAGUUCAGUCUUUAUGAGCUGCUGGACGCUCGGACUCAGAGUCAAGUCGCUGAAGGUCACAAAGCCAGUUUCUGUCUGGAGGACACUUCCUGUGACCCAGGAUACUACCGCCGCUUCGCCUGUACCUCACACACUCAGGGUUUGAGUCCCGGAUGCUACGACACCUACAACGCCGACAUCGACUGUCAGUGGAUCGACAUCACCGACGUCACGCCGGGAAAAUACAUCCUGAAGGUGACUGUAAAUCCCAGGCAGCAGGUCCCAGAGUCCAACUUCAACAAUAACAUCGCUCGGUGCGACGUUCAGUACACGGGAAACGCCGCACACGUCUCCGGCUGCAGCCUGACCGGCUACUGAACCUGAAGAUGGAGAACCAAGCCGGGCCCAGACGUUCCUGUUCCAGUCGUGUAAAUCAGUUCCAACCAAAACUCACCAGAAUUCCCGAUCCAAGCCGCCGAAGCAGGACGUUUAGAACAAGUCAUCGCUGGAAUCAGCUGAUCCACUUCUGUCCUUUUAGUUUUCAGAUGUUUUUUUUUUUGUUUCAGCAAAUUUAGUCAAAGAAGCUCGUUUUCAUUCAGAGUUUGUGAAGCUAAACGUUGUUGAGUUCCCAUGAAUAAUUACAGCCUUUUCUGUGUGUUUUUAAAGAGCAAGUCACCCCCUACAAGAAACUUACUUCACUCCCUCUUCAUGUUUAAAAAAUGCAACAAAUGAUGUUGCCUAGCAGACCGAGAGGGCGGAGCCACUAACAAAUACACACACACACACAAGCUCACAACGGCAUUGUGACAUCAUAAUGUACCAGUUUACAUCAUAGCAUACCUCUUAGCCAAUUGCGAUGGCAGAUUUAAAUUCAAAUGCAGUGCAGAGUUUUUACCUGAUAACGGCACAACACUGAGUUUUAGGCAGAAUAUUUAAAUUUUAACUAAAAUGCACUAAAGUGCUAAACUAUUGACUACACGUGUCUGCAGCACGAUUAGACACUCAUUUAUAUAGUUUAUCAGGGAAAAAAGCUGAUUUGGGGGUGACUUGCUCUUUAAGGUUUAGUCGUUUUGUUUCUUGAUUCGAAUGAAACAUUUUUGUCUUGAUGCCAUAAAUAUAACACAUCUUCCAGCAGCUGAAAACGUUAAUUUAACCCUUCUAGAUGAUUUGGAGGAGCAUCGGAUCUGCUCAAGACCUCCUGCAGAGAUUCGUGGCGAAUCGUUGAAUUUUGGCGCUAAAACACAAACUUUUCUCUUUGAUCUCCUGAGAAUAAAUCAGCUGUUAUUAAAAGAAGCUGAAGAGCCGCUGGUGGGAGCCAGAAACACAGCAGGUGUGUGUUUUUGCUGGAUGAUGAUGGAUGUAACAGGGUUUAAAACACACACACACACACCUUCUGCUGUCUUGCGGCAGCGCUCUAAUAAAGUUUGCUUGGAUUUGAAA